CUUUCUCUCCUCCUGCGGCGUCGGGGGCGCGCCGGAGCGCCAGCCAGCGGGAGAAGCUGCGCAUGCGCCGCCUGGCCCGGGCUCUUCGCGAGCUCCGCCGCUUCCUCCCUCCCUCGGUGGCGCCCCCCGCCCGGCCCCUCACCAAGCUGCAGACCCUCCGCCUCGCCACACGCUACAUCGCCCACCUCGGGGCCCUCCUCCGCCAAGAAGGAGAAGCAGGAACAGGAAGGGACCCCCCGGGCGGAGGAGAGCGCCAAGCAGGAGCAGAAGGAGCAAGAGGCGCCUGGGGAUCGUGGGAGCCCCCCAGCAGAAACUGCAGCAGUGGCAGCGAGGCCGGAAGCCCCCCGGAGACACAGUGGCCAUGGGAGACCCCCGCCCUCGAGGAAGAGGCGCUCCCCGCAGCCCCACAGAGCCUGCUUCCCCCGGAGCUGCUGGCCUUCCUGGAGGAGCUGGAGCCCUGGCCAGCCGGCAAUGACCACUACCCUUUGGCCUGACGACAUCUGGAGGAGAAGACCCCCUCCAUGGCUGGCCCCAAAGGGGUCCUUCUGGGGUCUUCCUUUCCAAAAGAUGCAGCUGCGGGAGGCAGAUUGCACCCCUUUGACUCUCCAGAGCCAAGUCAUUCUGGGCUCUUUGAACGAACAUUUUUUUCAUGUCAAUGCAUUCAAUCUCAACAAGUCUGCUUUUCUAAAAUCUGUCAUCAUUUCAGCGAUGUUGUUUGUAUUGGUUUACCUUUUGUAAACCUGGAUUGACCAAGGACCAAUUAUUAUUAUUAUUAUUAUUAUUAUUAUUAUUAUUAUUAUUAUUAUUAUUGUGUUUAUUUAUACAUGUCUUUUGUAGGCCUGAAUUGACCAAGGACACAGUAUUAUUAUUAUU